GGAAACGGCCACGACCUCUCUCUAACUUUUUUGGUGAUCCCUCCACGUCCAUUGCUCUGGAAAUUCCUAGAAUUCAGUAGAACAAAUCAAGUCCGGUGAGUUAGAGGGCUAGAUAUUUAGCAUAAAGUUGGAGCGGUAGUCUUCAUGAAUUUUAUGAAGAAAGAAGAGAGAGAAACAGACUUCGUAACCCAGAUGAGCGCCCGGCUUCGCCGGACCUACGCCACGGUACAUACGGCCUUGUUUUAAAAAGGUUUUCAAGAUGGGCUUGGUAAUCGAUCAAAAUGCACUUGCCUACUCCAUGACGUUUCUGGCAACGAAAAUGAUGAACACAAUCUUUCGGUUCUAUUAUGUACAACUCUUCACCGAUUACUACCACAUAUCAGAGUCAUGGUUCCAUGUGGCCCAGGUGGUCUACAUGAUAUGGAACGCUGUCAAUGAUCCAUUGUUUGCAUACUGGCAAGACAACUCCAACAUCAAGGCAUUCCGCUCCCGUCGCCAUGCCAUCAUGUACGGAGCGCCACUGUUUGCCAUCUGCUUUCUCCUGCCUUGGUUUCCUUGGAAGACCUACGAAGCCAAUGAAUGGAUAAUUGGAGUCCAUCUAAUGGUUUCUCUAUGCUGCUAUGAUACUCUUUUCACCUUCGUGCUCUUAUCGUACUGCGCUCUCUUUGCCGAGAUAUCCACUCAACACGAGGACCGCGUCAGGCUGACCAGGUACGCCCAAGUUGCUUCUAUUGUGGGAUCAACGUCAGUUCUCAUCAGCCAGUUUGUGUCGGACAACUUGAAAAACUUCCAUGCAUUCCAGAUGUGGUGCGUCAUUGUAGCGUUUCUAAGUUGGGCUGCAAUGCACUACACGGGGCGCAACGUGAAGGUACAGUGUGAUGUUCAAUCAACUGGUUUGGCACUUUCAAGACAGGACAGUAAGAAGUUGAAAUCACAAGGUCUCUCCAAUCAAGAUGGUUCUCUCUCCCUAUCGUACAAACAAGCGAAACAGAUCAUCUUCAACAGAAACUUCUUGAUAUUCGUAUUCAUCAACUUUUGUCACAUAUUUCAGGGUGAUUACGGGGCAAACUUUCUGUCUGUCUUUGCGACCCAACUCAUUCCGGAGUCCGACCUCUCUUCAUCUCAAAGGAAAGUGAUGUUUGGUUCACUAUUUAUCUUGCCACAGUUACUUGUCUUAAUCCUGAGCAUUUUUGUCAGUCGCCAUGGUUACUAUCGGAUCAUUAUCUGGUCAUUUUAUUUCAAAAUCUGUUCAUCAUUCCUCAUGUUUCUGAUUGGAUCUCAGCACACCCAUAUUCUAGUUAUCUUCUUUUUUACAGACAGAAUUUUACCUGGUUCUGUGGCACCUUUCUUCAACCUUUGUUUGUCUGACAUCAUUGAUAAUGAUCAACAAAGGUACCAGAGAAUGAAUCCUCUCUCAUCCACAGUCUUUGGCUACAAUGCUUUGUUCACCAAACCAGCAUCCUCCUUAGCUCCUAUGAUGGUAGUAAACAUUCUCAAUCGCUAUGGUUACCAAGAACUACAGGAUGAGCGUCUUUCUCUCCAAGGAACCACUCAACUCAAAGAAACCAUGUUCUUACUUACGUGUUUUAUACCGAUCAUUAUAGGUUCAUUACAGCUCGUGGCAUGGAGGAAUUACACGAUACGCAAUAGUCACAUCACCAUAGCCAAACAUGUAGAAACGUAGUGUAAUAAAUCAUUUAAAAAAUAUUUUUGGCUGCUUGUUUGGAGGGGCCUUUUAUGACUUGUCUUGUAUCUGUUUGGAUUCAGGGUACUGGUUUACCUGGGGGUGGUUCAUGAAAGUUGUCGGCACUGACCAAAUUGUCAUCAUUGUUAGUGAAUCUCUUGAUUUUGAUUGGCUGAGAAGCAUUCUUCUCUGAUUGUUACUAUGGUAAAUGAUAGAAAAUGAAAUAACUUGUCAGUGCUAGACAGUUUGAUGAAAUCAUGUCCUGGGUCCCAUCUUACAUAGAGGUGCAAUUGAUCCGAUUAACCUCAACUAUAUGGAAGUCCAUCAUCGUCAUGAUUUUCCCUGCAGAAAAUUUGCACCAUGUCCUUUGUAAACAAAGAGAAUACCAAAUUGUAAAGCUGUGAAUGUAUGACUAUACAUCACAUCUAGGAAAUAUUGUGGACAAACGUCCAUUUAGAUAUUGUUGCUGGCUUUUCAUAGCAAUGGUUGAUUGGAUCAAUCGCAAAUCUUAGAAGACUGAGCCUGGUAUGUUUCAUUUGUUAAUUUCCCUUGAAGAUCUGGUGCCAUUUAAAGGCAAAGUUUUCAUCUAAGCGCAUAACAGACUUAAAUUUUUCAAAAUGUAUUCAAGAAGAGCUUGUUACUAUUUUUCCAGAGCUUACAUUUUGGAAUCACCACAACAAAAAAAAAAAGGAAUCUCUAAGAUUCCUUUUUUUAUUAACAGCACAUGGUCAUCAGUCCGUAUAAGUAAAACUCCAUUUUAGUAAACCACCGAUGGCUUGACCAUGGUGGAUUUUAAUCCUAGCCAUGGCGUAAUUCCCUUCAGCAAUAAAUUGAUCUAAAUUGUGCUGCACUCAACCCAGGUGAGGUAAAUGGUACCCAGAAGACAUUUCUUCCUUGAAAUGCAGUGCGCAUAACAGCUGCUCUCUCAAAGCAAGGGUAACUACAUGUAUGCUGCAUUAGUGUAAAGCGCUUAAGGGAAGUUUUGAAAUCACCCUAACAAGAAAAAAAGGAAUCUUGAAGACUUUGAUCUAGAAUUAACAGCACAUGGUCAUCAGUCCGUAUAAGUAAACUCCAUUUUAGUAAUCCACCGAUGGCUUGACCAUGGUGGAUAUGAAUCCCAGCCAUGGCGUAAUUCCUUUCGGCAAUAUAUUGAUCCACAAUGUGCUGCACUCAACCCAGGUGAGGUAAAUGGUACCGAGAAGACAUUUCUUCCUUGAAAUGCAGAGCGCAUAACAGCUGCUCUGCCAAAACAAGGGUAUCUACAUGUAUGCUGCAUUAGUGUAGAGCGCUUAGUGAAGUUCUCAUGAAGUGAAUGUUAAGCAUUAUAUAGGCAAGUAUAAUAAUUAUUAGUAGUGUUAGUUUACUCUUUAGUGUUUCUAUAUUAUAACACUAUCCUCAUUCAUGCCCUGUGGCACAUAUAGGCCUCCACACUUUUCUUUCCACUUAUGGUGGUUUCUAGCAUGACCCCUUGCCUUCUGUAUAUUUCCCAUUAUAUGGGACUCUUUAGUUUAGUAAAGCCCCUUGCAGAAAUCGCUUGAUGUGGUUCAGGAAAGUGAAUGGUAUUGGAAUAUCAUCCUGACAUUCCGCUUGUUCUUGAUAAAGGCCCAUUGAAUAUAGGUCUUAUGAAUUUAGGUAUUGUAUAGUAUCAGAACGCUAUACCGUGCUUCAGAAAUGGUUUUUAUUGAAAAGGCAGAAGGAAAACAAGUUUAAAUUUUGACAAUUUUUAGUUUUGACAAUAUGCAUCCCAAACUACCUCUAAAUAUGAAACUUUAGAUCAUAUUUUCCAUAAAAUAUUUGUUUUAUGAAAUAAUUUUGCUUUAUAUCUUACAGCGAAUUCCAACAAUAAAGAAUCAUCAGGGACAACAAAAGUAUACAUGUAUCAUUUUUGUUCUUGUCAUUUGGAAUACAUUUGUCUAUAACAAUGUUUUAUUUUUUAAUGGGCACUUUUUACCCAGAGUACCCUCAAAUGUGCAUAGAUUUUGAGUACCAGUAUAGGUACCGUAAAGUAUGAAAAAUAAACACAUUAUUUAGAAUAUUCAUAGGUCAUUCAAGGUGCACCUCAAGUGGGGGUUAUAGGCCUAUGCAGUUAAUUUAGGUGAUGUCUCUAUUUAGCAUUCAGCUUGCCUUUUCCAUAGCAUUUAUAUCAGUUGGAUAUUAUCUGUAGAUACAAGUCACGCUGAUAAUACGUUCCGUGUCUUUUUUUUCUUGUCAGAAAAGUCAGUAUGUAUUUAAGUAUUUCUAUAUUUAUACAUAGACUGAUAAUUAUGUAUCCAUUUGAGUGGAUUUUCUGGCUGUAAUUCAUGCAUUAUCAUGAUAAGUACUCCUGAAAUACAUUUACUUAAAGACAAUUUUAUUUUGUAUUAUGAUUAUAUAUUUUUUAUUGAUUUCUAUUUAUGAUCUUUACAUUGUGCAUUAUUUCAAUGCAUUCAACUCUGUUGUGGCCAUAUCAUUGUAUGAAUUGUAAUCCGGAAUGGAUCUUUUAGUUUUGCACUUGCGAUUGCAUUCUAAUUACACAGGAUUUUUUUUUGCUGUGGUUAAAAAAAUAGCAACACAUUUAUAAAAAAUAACCAUAAGCGGCCAAUUAUUUGGCAGCUGAUGAUCUUUCAGCAUAUUAAUUCUUUUGUGUAUUGUGUUUAAUUGAUAAUUGCUAUCUCCAUGAUGGUCUUUUGCUGGUUAACUACUUAAAAUUCUUUUUUCAGAAUUCCAGUGCAUAAUGGUAUCUGUAAAUUUCAUGUUAGAUUUUUGUACUAGAUAGAUUUUGAUGCAAGAAAGAUGUACCCCAAAUAGGAAGGAAGUAAUUAUUCUUCUGCAUUUAACAAACGUUGCAUAAUUAUACAUAAAGCCUUUCUGCUGAAAUGAAUUUGCUUCAAUAAGCACAGUACUUGGAAUGGUGCAUGCUUCCUUAUUGGUUUUAUAGAGUGUCACUUUUUUGUCAACUUAAAAAAAAGGAAUUAGGGUGUAAACCUGUACAUUGUAUUGGGAACGAGUACUACUAACAUUUUUUUCACAUUAUCAUGACUAAUUUUAGGUUUUCCAGGAUCCAAAUAAAUAAAGGGGUCACCUUGAUGUGACAUUUUAGGCCUUUUAAUACUUGGAGGAAAAUCUUUAUUUCAUAUGCAAUUUUUUUUAUUGAAAUAGAGUAAACAGAUAAUUAUACUAAUUAAUCAAUUAUUUAAUGACAUUUUACAGUCUGAUUCUUUUACCACACAGUGAGUGUGGCUGUACUGUAUGUAAUGAAGUGAGCCAAUGAUGUCAUAAGCUCACCUUUUUUGUAUCUAGUAUUUGUAAUAUUUCACAUUCCUAUUUUGCAUGGAAUGUUUAUGUGAAACUCCCUUUCACAUUAACUCAACUAGAUGCACCUCCUCACCCUCAAGAUUCUUUAGAACCAAAGUAAUUAUAAAAUAGUAAAGAAGUAUGGCAGGAUACAUUAUUUAUAAUCUCCCACCACAAAACCAACAAUUAGUUGCCCGAAAUGAAUUUUGAUAAUUUUAUUGAGAUUGAAAAAGGACAUUAUAAGCUUCGAAAUGAUAUAUAACUAAUCAAAAUUUAUCACCGAUAACCCACACAAGUACUUGAAUGAAUAUAGACAAAACACAUUAAGAGCUUCAAUGAAUAAAAGAGAAAACAAAGUUUGAAGUUCAAGUUUACUCAAACAUUAGAUGUACACACUGUGCAACCUCCGCAAAACUUUCAAGAAGUCUUUUUUUUUUAAUGUUGUCAAAGAAGCUCUUGUAUCUUAUCUUUAAUUUACUUUGCAACUUCAAAUCUCACAGUAUGAAGAAGAAAACUUACUCUAUCAGAUUAGCUUAUUUUGAAGAUUUAUGAAUUGACAUUUUAGCUUAUUUUGAAGAUUUUAUGAAUUGACAUUUUAGCUUAUUUUGAAGAUUUAUGAAUUGACAUUUUAGCUUAUUUUGAAGAUUUUAUGAAUUGACAUUUUAGCUUAUUUUCAAGAUUUUAUGAAUUGACAUUUUAGCUUAUUUUCAAGAUUUUAUGAAUUGACAUUUUAGCUUAUUUUCAAGAUUAUAUGAAUUGGUAUUUUAGCUUAUUUUCAAGAUUAUAUGAAUUGGUAUUUUAGCUAUUUACUGAAAACCUUCCCUUGCGACUCAUAGUUCUUUUGGGGUGGCUGGUCACAUUUGUAGUCACCAUGAGGUAAUUUUCUGUAUUAAGCUGUAUUCAAAUUUAUGUUAAUUAAUUAGCAUACCCACGAGGGGUGUACUCAUUUCUGUUGGAUGUAAUACAGUAUGAUUUCAAAUCAAGGGUAUGGUUUGUCUCAUAAAUGUGUAUAUAACAUCAUUUACUUGAAGACGGCAAUAGCAUACUUUUUAGGACCGAAUAUGCGCAUUGAAUUAUUAAAUGCUGUAAUGUGAAGCCCCCAAUGGUUCAGUACUGUAUAUCAUACUGACACAUGGAAUAGCUUUAUUGCACAAAUCUAUAAAUAAAUUCUAUGCAUAAUAUAAUAAUGUAAUAGAUACUGUGAGUUCAUUUCAUAGACUCUUGUUUUGUAUGUUACAGCCCAUUUUAGUGCAUGUCAUGCUCACAGUACUAUGCGCAUUUAGAGUGUCAUUUUAAUACUGCCAUUUGGAUAUUUGCUUUCCUAUUUCAUUAGAUCUUAAAAAGUUUUUACCUCAUUAAAGAUAAAUUCCAGUUCUGGUAACGAUCUCAAAAUGACUUUUUACAGAAUCUAAUAUAAUGACCACCCAA